AUGAUGACAUUCAACACCUACGCCCAAACCCUUUACAUCCUGUACACUACCCUCGACAUUUGGCUGUCUGGCGCAGUCGCAGUUGUAACAGUUGAUUUCCUCGUCUACCCCUUCGACACGCUCAAGACUCGCGUCCAGUCGCCACACUACGCAGAAAUCUACAAAGAUGCAGCCACGAACACGAUCAAGAAGGGUGUGCUCUUCCGCGGGCUAUACCAGGGUGUUGUCAGCGUUGUGCUGAGUACAAUUCCAGCUUCAGGAGCAUUCUUUACAACUUACGAAACCGUAAGGUCUACCCUCAACCGAACUAAGCAAGCUUCUGCCAUACCAUUUCUUCAAUCAGUCCCCGCACCCGCGAUAAACGCCAUCUCCUCAUCCACUGGUGAAAUGGUCUCCUGUCUCCUCCUUACACCUGCCGAAGUCAUCAAGCAAAAUGCGCAGGUUAUCAACAACUCACCAAGCGCCAACAUCUCUGAAAAGCUAAAACAAGGUGGAACCAGCGUAACCCUCCAAGUUCUCAGACGCUUCAAGCAGCAACCUUGGAAAUUGUGGAGUGGGUACUCGGCGCUUGUAGGACGGAAUUUACCGUUCACAGGGAUCAAUUUCCCGAUCUUUGAGGCGAUCAAGGGGUACCUUGUUGAGAGGCGGCAUCGGCAGCAAGGGUAUAUCGAACAUAGUGGUGCUGGUGCUGGUGCUGGGAAAGAAAUAGGAACACAGAAAGAAAGCCAAGAACCAGUCUAUGAGCGCGCAGUCCUCACAGGUAUAGCGGCGAGUAUAUCUGGUAGCAUCGCAUCUGUGAUUACGACGCCAAUUGAUGUCGUUAAGACGCGGAUGAUGUUGGCUGCUAGUGGCAACCGUCCCUCUUCUGCUUCAGGCGGGAAGGAGGUACCAAAGAAGCUGGGUAGUAUCUGGGCCGUUGGGAACCAGAUCUUCAAAGAUGAAGGAAUGAAGGGUCUUUUCCGGGGCGGAGCGAUUCGGGUCGUUUGGACGGCAAUUUCGCUCAGUAUCUAUCUAAGUAUGUAUGAGGGUGGUAAAUUUUUUCUGGAGAAGAGGAGGAUGCGAAAGGCUGAACAGGAUACCUAG